UACUGGUAAAGGUAAAGUGGAAAAGCCCUUUCUGGUAGUGUGUCAUUUUCUGUAUGAACUUGCCUUAAUGAUUAGAUAUAAGACAUGUUUAUUUAACUAUUUGCUAAUCCAUGGAACCUAGUUCAAAUCUAGAAAGGACAAGAACUCUUGAGAUGGAGCUCUGGAUUGAGAUGGUUCUCUCCUCCAGACACCACUCUAUCUCCUCGCUUUCUAUUUUUAGUCGGCCAAAUGACCCCGAAUCAUCCAGUCUGGGCUUUCUUAAAGGGAUCAUCCGCAGCUGGGUCUGCUGGAACGAAGCGCGCAUUUUAUUCCAAAUGCUCGCUUUUCACAUGUGCUGAGGAGAUGGAGAUUUUACGACGCGAAUAUACUCAUGGUGGUCCUUGAAAAAGAUUUAGCAGGGGAAUGCAGUCAGCAGCGGAGGAGAACAGUUGUGAUGGCGCCUCUGGUGUGCCCACGGGUUCGAUGGUGCAGGUGUGUUUCCCCCACGUGCAGACAUCUGUGCUGGACAGCCUCAAUCGCCAACGUGAGGAUGGACAGCUGUGUGACCUCUCCAUACAUGUACAGGGACACGUGUUUAAAGCCCAUCGCUGCGUCUUAGCAGCCUCUUCACCUUACUUUCAUGAUCAGGUGCUACUAAAGAACAUGUCCACAGUGUCCAUCCCAGCUGUAAUGGACCCCCUGGCCUUCGAGAGAGUCCUAAGCUGUGCCUACACUGGCCAGCUGCAAAUGCUGCGUGAAGACAUCGUCAACUACCUCACCAUCGGGAGUGUGCUCCAGAUGUGGCACAUUGUGGACAAGUGCACGGAACUACUCAAAGAGGACCGAGGGGGUUCGUCGGGGCCGCAGGGAACGACUCCUUCCUCAGAGAGCACCAGAUGCGGCGGUAUAACGAACAGGGAUUCCUACGGAGGAGAAGGACACACGCUGUCCACAGUGCAGCCUCAGAACCGUCCCUCGCUGAUCGAGAGCCAGUCUCCCAGCAGUACAAACUACUUCAGCCCUAAAGAUGCUAGCUUUGGUGGCGCGAUGACGAGUACUGGGACAGUGGGAGACGUAGGAGUACAUUCCACUCCUAACUACUGCAUGCCGUCCAGUCGGGACGACGCCUUCCUAAUUGACGAGGACGAGGAGGAAGAGGAUGACGAUGAGCUUGUGUACCCAAGGAAACAGGAUCAAGGGAGCGGAAGGAGGAAGAAGUCUGCGGCCACCUCGGAUCAAGAAAUGGGAGUGAGUGACAGUUUCGGGGUUUCGUCCUACCAAGACAUGGAGACCUCUCCACCGCAGAAGCGCCCCAUGUACAGUCAGCCAAGCAUCAUGCCGCGGAAGCAGUGGGUGGUGGUCAAAACCGAGCGCUCCAAGGACGACGACUUCAUCGUAGUCUCUGGAGAAGAAGGGGGCGAAAAUGAAGACGAGCAGGAGUUUGAUAUCGCCAAGGAGAGAGAACGGGAGAGGACGUUCAAUAUUUCAAAUGUUAGGACUCUUUCUGCAGACCUCAGCAGCAGGGAGGAAAUUGAAGCACAGGUUGACUACUGCCAAUCCCCUGAAGACUACCUCAAGUUUGAAAGUGGUAUGAUGGACCAAACAUCAUCGCAGCACUCUAUGGAGAACCCGAGCCAGAGUCGAGCGGUUACUGCGUUACUGAGCUCGGUGCAGACAGCUGCUUCUAGGACACAGCUCUUCCCGCUGGAUAUGCAAGGGAACCAGAUUCUUUUGUAUAACCAAGCUUCCCCUAGCGUUGGCCUACAAGAAGGUUUGCCUGGGGUGUCGUUAAAAGGCACUUCAGAGCACGGGACAGUCCACUUGCCCGGACAGGGUGGAAUGGACGGCGGUUUAGAGGGCUUAGACGGCAGCGGGGCAGGCACCACGGGCAAAGUCUUCAUGUGCCACUGUGGCAAAAGGUUUACUCACAAGAGCAUGCGGGACCGCCACAUCAACAUGCACCUCGAUUUACGGCCUUUCCACUGCCCUGUAUGCUCCAAGAAAUUCAAGAUGAAGCACCAUCUCACCGAGCACAUGAAGACACACACUGGUUUGAAGCCGUAUGACUGCCUUAGCUGUGGGAAAAAGUUCAUGUGGCGUGACAGUUUCAUGAGGCAUCGCUCUCACUGCGAAAGGCACGGCGGCAGUGGUGGUGGUGGAGGAGGAGGUACGGGCGACUCCCCAGGUUCAGAAGGGGCACUUGUUUCCCCUCAGCACCUGCCUUCCGGGAGCAAAGGUACACAAGGCAACGUUGGAAUUGGAGGCAGAAGCGGAAUUCCGGUUUUGUCUCCUCACCACUCCAGCAGUAGCAGCAGCAGCAGUAGUAGUAGAAGUGGUUUGAGCAUGGCAGUGCCUGGGGCUCUGUUAGGCAUCAAUCCCCAGAGCGGAAUGUAUGGCCACGGCCAUGGAUCUGGCGUUCUCGGGUUAGACGUGAGCCAGAGUGAAUGUGCGGAAGACAUUAGCGAGGUUUGUAUAGGUGAAAACAGCGUCACUUAGCUAAACGUCACCACGCGUGGGACCGUGUGUACAGUCGUGAGAUUGUGAUCGUGUCUGUGAGCAUGAUUCAUCCCGAGUAACAAGAUAGGAGAACAACUCAUUUAUCAAUCUUAAGCAUUUUAUAGUGUGUCCAUAUUAGCAAGAGCACCUUUUUGUUGCACACCGUACACAGGAUAAGGAACUUAUUAAAGAUGAAAUGAGUCGAUCUUUUGGACUUUGGAAGAAAGAAAAAAAAAAACAAGUUCUGGAUUAUUGCAGGGCAACACAGUACAUUACCUCAAAGAGAGAAAUAUCAUAUCCCACAAAUGGCCACUUAUAUACAAGUUUCCCAACCUCGGAUUAGACUCACAUGUAUAACGAGAGGACGAAUCUUCUCAUUUAUUUCAUCAUUUAAUCUCCCCAGAAAAAAAAUCAGGGAUAGAAAAUGAAGACAGAAAAGAAUAAGGUUUUCCCCUACGUCUAUGAUGUACCAUAAAAGCAAGAAAGAAUAAAAAAAAAUAGGCUAAUAUACUGUAGUUUUGGCAGCCUGGAGACCUGGUGAUAAUUUGACAAUUUUUUUUUUUUUUACCUAAUUUAUAAAAAAAAAUAAUUUAAAAAAAUUCUGGAGAAAAUUUAAUCUUUAAAUGUUUUAUUUCAAGAUUUAAUUGAAAUUCGUGUCCACUAAAAGAUGCCUGGUAUUACUGAGAAUUGAUCACCUACUCACACGUCCCAAAAUAUUGUUACUCUUCUACGUUAAAACAACAACAAAAAUAUAUAUAUAU